AUGCCCUCCCGACCUUCCUCGUUGCGCUCUAUCGCUGGGCCGUUGAACUCGAACCCGCCUAAUGCGCAGACACCAACGGGGCCGACCCACGACCACGCCCCAGCCCAUCCCAGCGGUCUCCGACAGAGCUACACUGUCUCGUCAUCAUACAGCUCGACCUCGGACUUUGAGCGCGACGGCGAUGAGGAUAGCGGCGCUGGGCCCAGUAAUGACAAUACUGUCCGCUCAGUUACUCCGAACGAGAGAACUGGCCUCCUCUCCCAAGAGCGCGGCCACGGCACCUUUAUCGAUGCCCGAACCGUGAGCCCCAGCAAUGCUAGUCACGCCGACUCGCUUCCCGGCUUCCCGUUUGACGCACCCACCGACACCGAUCUCGAUUUCUCCCCCUACAACUCCGAGUCGCCCAACGGCGAAGGGCCAGCAUUAGGAAAACCCAAACACAAGCGAAAGAGCUGGAAGCGCCAGAUCUCCUCUCACAUCACCACCCAGAAAAUGCACACCUCGAGAGAUCUUGCCCGUCGUCAUGGUGUUAAGGACACCCCCGGCAUGUACCUCUCUUAUUACCUCCCUGUCCUUGUCUGGGCUCGUGAAUACAGCUGGUCCUACUUCAAAGGCGACUUCAUUGCCGCCCUGACAGUCGCAGGGAUGUAUGUCCCCAUGGCCCUCUCCCUGGCCGAUAACCUUGCACACGUCCCUGCUAUCAACGGCCUAUACUCUUUCGUCUGGAAUCCGCUCAUAUACGCGCUAUUGGGGUCAUGUCCCGCUCUAAUUGUUGGCCCCGAAGCAGCUGGCAGUCUCUUGGUGGGCGCGGCGGUGAAAUCUAGUGUCGACCUGGGAAGAGGAGGAGACGAAGACAGGGUGCUUCAUGCCAAGAUCUGUGGAAUCGUUGCUGGCAUGGCCGGGGCGAUGGUCUUCGCUGCUGGAGUGGCGAGAUUGGGCUUCUUGGAUAGUGUCUUGUCUAGGCCGUUCUUGAGAGGGUUUAUCUCUGCAAUUGGUGUAGUCAUUGCUGUUGAUCAGCUCAUUCCGGAGCUCGGCUUGAACCAUCUUGUCGCGAAGCACCCCGGCAUCGGACACGGGAGCUCGGUGGAGAAGCUGCGGUUCAUCCUUGGAAACUUGGAUAAGGUACAUAAACUGACAGCGGUGGUGGCCGGUACGAGCUUUGUGGUGAUCAUGGUUUGCAGGGAGAUCAAGAGGCGGAUGCAGCCAAGGUACCCGGGAGUUGCAUACGUGCCGGAUCGUUUCUUGGUCGUGGUUCUGACAUCCUUCUUGGCGUAUUGGUUCCAGUGGGAUAAAAAGGGCGUUGCGGUGUUGGGGACAGUGGAGGCGGCGAGUCAUCAGACCUUCAAGUUCAGAUGGCCAUUCCAGCCUAGCAAUAUGCAACUCAUAAGGGACUCGAUGGGCACGUCGUUCCUGAUUGCUCUGCUCGGGUUCUUUGAGAGUUCGGUCGCGGCCAAGAGUCUCUCAAGCAGCGAGCCGUUUGCUGGGAUUCAGCUGAGCGCAAACAGGGAACUGGUGGCUCUGGGCGUGGCAAACUUUGUUGGCGGAUGCUUCAUGAGCUUACCUGCCUUUGGAGGGUAUGGGAGGAGCAAGGUCAACAAGGCUACUGGUGGAAAGACGCCUAUGAGCUCGAUCCUCCUCAGCCUCUUGACCUUGUUCACCAUCUUGUUCCUCCUUCCCUAUCUUUACUAUCUUCCGAAACCCGUCCUCUCGGCCCUUAUCAGCGUCGUAGCCUGGUCUCUCAUCGAAGAAUGCCCGCAUGAUAUCACUUUUUUCCUGCGCCUGCGCGCCUGGCCCGAGCUCGCCCUCAUGACCAUCAUCCUUCUCUCCACCAUUUUCUUCUCUUUGACUCUCGGCAUGGCCAUCGGUGUCGGUAUCUCUUUGCUGCAGGUCAUUCGCAACGCCACCCGCCCGCGGAUCCAGAUCCUGGGGCGCAUUCCCGGCACCAACCGGUUCGAGAACGCAGAGUUCUUCACUGACUCCCCCGACCGCUUGGAAUUCAUUGAGGGAUGUCUGAUUGUGAAAAUUCCCGAGCCCUUGACGUUUGCCAACACCGGCGAACUCAAGUCAAGGCUGAGAAGACUGGAGCGCUACGGAACAAACGAGGCCCAUCCCGCCCUGCCCCGAUUGAGGCAGGAAGACAGUAACAAAAACAUCAUUUUUGAUGUUCACGGAGUGACAAGCAUGGAUGGGAGCGGGACGCAGGUGCUGGAGGAGAUUGUCAGGGGCUAUAGAGAAAGGGGCGUGAGGGUCUUCUUUAGUCGAGUCCCCGGAGGCAAGGACAGUGAGGUGUGGAAGAUGAUGAAGAGGAGCGGGAUUGUGGACUUGGUCGGAGGUGAAGGACACUUUGUAAGCGAUGUUGGAGAAGCGUUGAAGAUGACGGAGGUGGAACAGGAGGAGUAAUGGGCGUAGAAUCAGCGAUUGUUCUCUUUUGUUUUGGGUAUUUUGAAAAAAACGUGUGUCAU